UCUCACUAUCUAUUUCUCUGUCUCAAUCUAGGGUUUUUACAACCCUCCUCUCAAUCUCUUUAUCUGCACAGACAUCCAACAGAUUUACAGUAAUGGCAGAAGAGGUGCUAUACUCAUCCGUAGGCGGCGAAUCGAACAAGCGUAAGUAUGAGGAUUCUCCGUCGCCUGUGGGCCGUAGAGCAACCGGGUUCUCGUCGCCGCCGGACUCGGCUGCGCCUCCGCCUACCUACAACAGCGUGCCUCCUCCGAUGAACGAGAUCGAGCUGGCGAAGCAGAAGGCACAAGAGAUCGCGGCUAGGCUUUUGAACAACGCUGAUCCGUCUAAAAGAGCGCGAGUUGAGAGCGGAGGCGGCGGUACUGGGGGAUUUGAUUCAAGUGAUUAUGGUAGCCAGAAGCCUUUGGGUUUGGGACUGAGUGGUCCACCACAAGUUCCAUCCUCUGGUUAUCCAGGUCCAAGCAAGAAAAUUGAGAUACCAAAUGCCAGGGUGGGCGUGAUUAUAGGCAAAGGUGGAGAGACUAUCAAAUACCUACAGCUUCAGUCGGGGGCUAAGAUUCAAGUCACUAGAGACAUGGAUGCGGACCCAAAUUCUGCUACUAGAGGGGUUGAACUUAUGGGUACUCCGGAUCAAAUAGCCAAGGCUGAGCAGCUUAUCAAUGAUGUUCUGUCUGAGGCUGAAGCAGGUGGUUCUGGCAUAGUUUCUCGGCGGUUAACUGGGCAACCAUCUGGAUCUGAGCAGUUUGUUAUGAAGAUCCCCAACAAUAAGGUGGGUCUUGUUAUUGGUAAAGGAGGUGAAACCAUUAAAAAUAUGCAAGCAAGGACGGGGGCUCGUAUUCAGGUUAUACCUCUGCACUUGCCACCUGGUGAUAUGUCGAAAGAGAGGACUGUACAAAUUGAUGGGACUAGUGAACAAAUUGAGGCUGCCAAACAGUUGGUUGAAGAAGUCAUCAGUGAGAAUCGUAUGAGAAACCCAUCAAUGUCUGGUGGAUAUCCUCAGCAAGGCUAUCAAGCUCGACCACCAACUAACUGGGGGCAGCCUGGACCACCUAUGCAGCAACCUGGUUACGGCUAUGCCCAGGCUGGUGCGUACCCUGGUCCUUCACCCCAAUACAACAUGAACCAGCCCUCUUACUCUGGUUAUCCUCCUCAACCCACCUCUGGUGGGUAUGCCACUGGCUGGGACCAAUCAAGUGCUCCACAAAAUCAGCAAACUGCUCAGGGAGGUGGCUAUGAUUACUACAACCAGCAGCAGCCUCCUCAGCAACAGCAAGCACAUGGAGGCCCUGGGGCUCCUACUGAUGGUUCUGGGUAUGGUUAUAGUCAGGCACCAGCCUACAGUCAAGGCCAAGCUUAUGGUCAAGAUGGCUAUGGUGGUUAUCAUGCAGGUGCAGCUCAAUCUGGUUAUGGCCAGACGCAGCCAAACCCAGCAUCAGGAUAUGACCAGCAGCAGCAAGGAUAUAAUUCAACCUAUGGUAAUGUCUCUAACCCAACACCUGAUGGUCACACCACUUCGUAUGGAACACAGGGUGAAGCCAAUCAAGCACCUGCACCUGGACAGUCAUACAAUGCUGGAGGUCAACCCGUCCCUAAUCCCAAUUAUCCACCUCAAGCUUCUAGUCAGACGGGUUAUGGAGUACCCCCAUCUUCACAGGGUGGUUACGGAACCCAAACACCUGCUGGUUAUGGUAGUUAUGGUCCACCGCAGGCUCAAAAACCACCAACUACUCAGCCAGUGUAUGCACAACCGCAGCAGUCACCCAGCGCUCAAGGUGGUGGCUACACUCAGGCUGGGUAUCCUCAUUCCCAGGCUCCACCUGCGCAAACCGGUUAUUCUCAGACAGAUUCAGGUUCACAAAGACCUCCAUCAUCAGGUUAUCCAACAUCUCAGCCAGGGUAUGCAGCCCCACCUUAUGGAGCCCCACCAGCAACUCAACCUAGCUAUGGGCAACAGCAGCCUCCUGCAUACAACAGCUCUUAUGCUGUUGGAUAUUCCCAACCUCCAGCGUACUCAUCUGAUGGUUCUGCCAGUGGUAAUCCACGUGGCACUUAUGAUACAACUCCACCACCUCAAUCUGCACAGCCCAGUGGAGCUGCCAAAGCAUCGCCUCCCAGUUGAUGAGCAGAGUUCUUUUGUGGUAUUGCUGCUGUAUCCGUACAAUUAUUAGUGUCUGUCUUUAGGCCGAUUAUUUAGGUUUCUCGUGUUGGGAUCUGGAACUUGACAUGUCUUGAUUACUUUUGAUUUCUGGAUCUAUUUUGAUCUUGCUCUUUGUUCUACUUUCUGCUUUGUUAUCCUUGUAGGAUAGUGUAAUGAACUCCUCCAGCAUAUUGCAGUUGUCAGGUACUGUCGAAGCAAUUAGAUGGAAUUUAGUGUUGAGGUACACCGGAACUUGCAUGGUGAAAUUUCAGAGUGGGUGAUUCAAUAAUGGUCAAUCAGAUUAGUAGUAAUUCUUUUGGCAAAGACAUGAUGGGCUUUCAGUAUGUGCGAAUUCCAGUUAUUAAUGGUUGAUAUACAAUCAGUGGUCUUGGUAGGU